CGUGGGCUGCGCCAAACGCCUUCCGCAAAGGAAAACCAUUGUUACUAUGAAAUCAAAGACGAACAAAGGGCAUAGCCGGAAAACUCAAAACACUGUACGAAACAAGGUGACUCUGUUGGGCACCGUCUACCACGGUGAGGAUGCUCCAGACCUUGUAUGACUACUUCUGGUGGGAACGCCUGUGGCUUCCUGGGAACUUGACCUGGGCUGACCUAGAAGACCGAGACGGACGUAUCUAUGCCAAAGCCUCGGACCUCUACAUCACACUGCCCCUCGCCUUGGUCUUCCUCAUCAUUCGCUACUUCUUUGAGCUUUACAUAGCCACUCCCCUCGCGGCCCUCCUGAAUGUCAAGGAGAAAGCACGGCUGCGGGCCCCUCCCAAUGCCACCCUAGAGCACUUCUACCUGACCAGCGGCAAGCAGCCCAAGCAGGCAGAGGUGGAGCUGCUGUCCCGGCAGAGUGGGCUGUCUGGCAGGCAGGUAGAGCGCUGGUUCCGCCGCCGCCGCAAUCAGGACCGGCCCAGUCUGCUUAAGAAGUUCCGAGAAGCCAGCUGGAGGUUCACAUUUUACCUGGUGGCCUUCAUCGCUGGCAUGGCUGUCAUCAUGGAUAAACCCUGGUUCUACGAUUUGAGGAAAGUGUGGGAAGGCUAUCCCAUCCAGAGCAUCGUCCCUUCCCAGUACUGGUACUACAUGAUCGAGCUCUCUUUCUACUGGUCCCUGCUCUUCAGUAUCGCCUCUGAUGUCAAGCGGAAGGAUUUCAAGGAACAGAUCAUCCACCAUGUGGCCACAAUCAUCCUCAUCAGCUUCUCCUGGUUUGCUAACUAUGUCCGAGCCGGGACGCUCAUCAUGGCCCUGCACGACUCUUCGGACUACCUACUGGAGUCAGCCAAGAUGUUCAAUUACGCCGGGUGGAAGAACACCUGCAACAACAUCUUCAUCGUCUUCGCCGUCGUGUUCAUCAUCACCCGACUGGUUAUCCUGCCCUUCUGGAUCCUGUAUUGCACACUGGUGUACCCACUGGAGCUCUAUCCUGCCUUCUUUGGCUAUUACUUCUUCAACCUCAUGAUGGGGGUGCUGCAGCUGCUGCAUGUCUUCUGGGCCUACCUCAUUUUGCGCAUGGCCCACAAGUUCAUAACUGGAAAGCUGGUGGAAGAUGAACGCAGUGACCGGGAAGAAACGGAGAGCUCAGACGGGGAGGAGGUCAUGGCUGGGGGAGGAGCCAAGAGCCGGCCCCUGGCCAAUGGCCACCCCGUCCUGAACCACCACCAUCCUAAGAAUGACUGAACCAUUGUCCCAGCGCCGGCCUUGCAUAUUCAUGCAGAAAGACAAGAAACUGCCCCACCUUCCCGACAGGGCCACUCUGAGUUCUGGGGAGAAAGUGGGAGGAAGGGCUUGGGUUCUUCCUCCCUGCUGCUUUGUCACCCAGAGGCCUCUAAACCAAAUCCUAACCAGCUUAUCCCCAGGUAGAGGGGAGGCUGGUUGCUUCCUCCGUCAGAGGGGAGAUGGUCUUACUUUCCCCUCUGUCUUCCAAGUUGUCCUUUCAGUUGCUUUGGGGACCCUUCCUUAGCCCUGGGGAGGGGGGGCAGGGGUCACCAGUCACAUUCCUCCUCCUUUAGAAAUCUGGCCCCAGCUGUUUACCCUUGACCUCCAGAGCCAGGACUGUGCCUUACUGUCUCACCUGUGGGCCUGCCAAAGCUGGACCAAGGCUCGCCUAAAGACUCCCUAACUC